CUCACCCACUGAAAGGACGCCUCUGUGCUCCCCACUGCUCCCUCCCGCUCCCAGCCAAGUCUCAGCCUCACACAGACUCCUGCACACGCCCGGAGAUUCACUCACGCUCACACACUCAUUGUCAGUCCGCCUCUGUGCACCCUCCAUGGCACCCCACGCAGCUGUACUACUGGCCCUCAGCCUGCUGACUCUCUCGACCUCCCCUGCUCUGGGUGGUGCUAACGACGCUGAAGAUUGCUGCCUGACUGUGAACCAGCGCCCCAUCCCUGGGAACAUCGUGCGAGCCUUUCGCUACCUCCUCAUCAAGGAUGGCUGCAGAGUGCCCGCCGUUGUAUUCACCAUGCUGAGAGGUCGCCAGCUCUGUGCACCCCCAGACCAGCCCUGGGUGGACCGCAUCAUCCGGAGACUGCAGAACUCUGCAAGAAGAAGGCUGACCCUCCCAACCGUGCCUCCUCCCUCCGAGUCCCUGCCCAAGACCCCAGCCCAUGACCUGGCCUCUCCUUCCUCCUCCAGAGCAAGCGCCACAGCAGUUAGUGCAUGACA